AUGAGUUUUAAAUUUUUUCCAAGGUAUGCAAAUGGUUGCAGAUAGUUUCUGGAGCUCGAAAACCAAGGCAAAGCAGGAGUCUUGUCUCAGAUUGAAAGGAGCCGACUGUCUUUUUCAUCCUUUUUUUCAUCAAAUUUCUUAUCUUUACCUCCAUCUUAUUCAAAUCCAUUACAGCCCCAUGACUGAUUUCACCCUUAUUGAUUCUGAGACCGAGAUCGAAGCCUCUCGAGGUACCAGUAGAACAAGAGUGAAUAUGGCUGAGGGAUCUUCAAUUGAAGGCCCCCAGGGGAAGAGGUUGCUGCAGCACCUUAAAGACCUACAUGAGGAAAACAAGACACUCAUGAAGCUCGUUGCGGACAAAGAAAAGCGUAUUGAAUCGUACAUGAUAGAUUUUGAAGAGCUGAAUGGCUUGAAAAUCAUUGUCAAUAAACUAGAGAAACAAAAUUUCGUACUCACCCAAGCAAACAGCCAGAUGUUGCAAGAGCUACGGAGUUUGAGAAACCAUGUGCAGAAAGUAGAACAACCAACUUUACCACCCGCCCAAGAAAUAAACCAGGUGCAGGAAGCACAACAACCAAAUUUGCAACCCCAAGAAAUAAUCCAGGUGCAGGAAGCACAACAACCAAAUUUGCAACCUGCCCAAGCAAGAGUCCAGGUGCAGGAAUUAGAACCACCAAGUUUGCAAGCUGCCCAAGCAAGUAGCCAGAUGCAGGAAGAAGAACUUGACCUAGAAAAUAGCCAGAUAUUGCUGGAACUCAAAUCACAUGAUCAUAUGUUAAGUUCUACUGACGAAGCAGUCCGGGAGUGUAUAGAUAUGAUCGAAAAACUUCAAGCUUUGGGCCCUCCUACUAAUGAAGCAAUCCAACAAGUUAAGGCAAAGCUUCAAGCAUAUUUCCCUGCAGCUUUGGGCCCUCUUACUAUUGAUGCAGUCCGGCAGAUUAGAGUGGGGUUUCGUAAGCUCCAGAAAUUGCAGUGUCCAAGGUGUGAAUCUAAUAACACUAAAUUCAGUGUUUUGAAAGCCAAAAGAAUAUCUGCCCCAAGGUAUCACUGCAAAAAUUGUAAAAUGGAAUGGACAUUAGGGGGCGAAAUAAGGAAACCUAUUGUGCUUGGAGGCGUGAAUAGAAGAGAUCUUCUUCAGCAGCGCAUCCAACGUGUUCAGCGUAGAAGGAUGAAGACUUGAAAAUAAUUUAUAUUCUCAACAUUGUAAAGUUUUGAGCUUGAUAUAGUUCUUGUUCCCAUUAGCAAGAUGAUAAUUGUCCAGCUUGGUUUCUUUCAUUGAGUAGUACGGAGUUACCAAAACAAACUAGCACUGUAAACUUAAAUAUAGUUGUUGCAUUAGUCAGUUCGACAAUACUCUUUUAAGUUUACAA